CACUUUCUGUGCGUGUAUCCUUAUAUCUAUAUAUAAUAUACAUACAUACACAUAUACAUACAUAUCUAUAUAUAUAUAUAUAUAUGAUAUAGAUAUAUAAGCACCUAUACCUAUACCUAUAUCUAUACCUAUACUUACACUUACACUUACACGCACAUUUAUACAUACAUAUAUAUUUAUAUAUAUAUAUAAUUAUUAUUUUAAUUUUUAUUGCUUUAUUCUAUUUCUUUACUCUUUUAUUCUAUUUUUGAUGGCAGCCAAUCCUCACCGGAAUUCACAAAGCCGUGCAAGCUCUUCCAUCAUCUCAUCCAUCAAUGUCGUAGGAGUUCAUUACAAAGUCGGCAAUAAGAUUGGAGAAGGAAGUUUUGGAAUUAUUUAUGAAGGCACCAAUCUACUCAAUAACCAACUGGUAGCUAUCAAAUUCGAACCUCGUAAAUCAGACGCACCUCAGUUACGUGAUGAGUAUAGAACAUACAAAAUCCUAGCUGGUCUUGGUGGUGUUCCAACAGCUUAUUAUUUUGGUCAAGAAGGUCUUUACAAUGUCCUCGUGAUCGAUUUGCUCGGGCCGAGUCUGGAGGACCUCUUUGACUGCUGUUCUCGAAGAUUUAGCGUCAAGACAGUAGCCAUGCUGGCCAAACACAUGGUGAGCCGUGUUCAAAGCAUGCAUGAGCGUAAUUUGAUCUAUCGAGACAUAAAACCUGAUAAUUUCUUGAUCGGUCGUCCUGGCACGAGCAAAGCCAAUACCGUCUAUAUGAUUGAUUUUGGAAUGGCAAAACAAUACCGCGAUCCAAAAACCAAACAGCAUAUACCUUACAGAGAGCGUAAAAGUCUGUCAGGAACAGCACGUUAUAUGAGUGUAAACACACAUCUAGGAAGAGAACAAUCACGACGCGAUGAUUUGGAAUCACUCGGACAUGUAUUCAUGUACUUCUUGAGAGGAUCUUUGCCGUGGCAAGGACUCAAGGCAGCUACAAACAAGCAAAAGUAUGAGAAGAUUGGCGAGAAGAAGCAAUCAACUGCAGUCAAAGAUUUAUGUGAAGGAUAUCCAGAUGAAUUCGCCAUUUACUUUCAAUACGCACGUCGACUUGGAUUCGAGGAAACACCUGAUUACGACUUUAUGCGAGGUUUGUUUGACAAGGUGUUAAAAACGAUACCAGAUGCCGAGGAUGGUGUCUAUGACUGGAUGCUCAUUAAGCACAACAGUGGCUUGGAGCCUCGGUCUCGUUAUCGUAAUGGUGCUGUAGCAGCUCUAAACAGCGCUGCCGCUGCUGCAUCUAGUGGGAGUGGCGGCCAGAAGAUCCGUCAACAUUCCAAACAUCGAGAAUCCUCACGUCGCAACCCUUCCAGGCAAAGACUCGGUGGUACUCAAGAUCCUUACCAGCGUUAUACUUCACAGCCGAUGACUAUGAAUCCUAACCAGAACUAUCAGACUAUGGAACACCACAGCCGAGGUCUUCAAGACACAGACUCUGCUCAUAAGCGAGGGUUCUGGCAACGUUUAGUAGUCACCUUUACCUGUGGACUGUGUACUUGUACUUGAAUCAUCCAACUCACUCCAAUUCUCUCUAGUUAACUUCUUCUUCUUUUCAUUAUUAGUUUUUUUUUCUUUUUUUUCUUUUAUUGUGCUUACCCACUUCAUGAACCGCUCUCUAUCUAUAUCUCUCUCUCUUUACGUAUAUAUAUAUAUAUAUCUGUUUUUUCAAUUGAAGAGAAGAAGGAAAGAGAAAAAAGAAAUUAAGCUGAUCAUACCUC